UUUCUACAUCUUAAAUAUGCCGAACGUGGUGGAAAGAAGCCUUAAUUACAUAGCCUGCCAAUUAAAAAUACUUUUACAAAUUCAAAUAAAAUAUAUAUCAAUUAAUUUUCAUGUAAAUUUUCUUUUAAUUUUGAAAUAAAACAAAUAAAUAAAAAUUGAAAUAAAUCAAAAGUUAAAUGAAGUUGUCAAGGAAACACAAUUAUCGAUAUAUCGCUCAUUAAAAAUAUCGAUAUAUCGCCAAAUAAUAAUUUGCGCAUGUAUUCACAAUACUUAUUGUUAUUUAUUUAUUUUUUUUUUCUGAAUUCUCAUUGGAGAAGAAUAAACUUGGAGCAAGUUGGAGUAAAUAAUAUUAUUUUCCAUUAGAAAUCUUUUUUUUUUUUUUCUUUUGUGCCAAAGUUUUCAGUGAAAAUUCAAGUUUAGCAAGUAUAACUGUUAAUUUAUUUGUAGUUUUUUUGUUUAUACAAAUAUUAAAUUAAAAAAAUUUAUUCCAACUGAAUUAUUUGAUUUGUUAUAUUAUAUGUUAAAAAGUGCCAAAAAUAAAUAGGAUGGCUACUGCUACACAUCAUCCCAUCAUGGAUGCUUCACAUAAAAAUCCAGUGAUAAAAGAAGCUGACAAUAUAGAAUCUUUGUCAACAAAUAAAGCACUUGUUCGUUGUAAUGAUUGUAAUCAAUUUUUCACCAGUCAAACUGUUCUUGCUGCACAUUUGCAGGGUUCACGACAUGCUAAACAAGUGCGAUCAAAAGUGAUCAUGGCUUCAUUGGAAGAACAAAAUUUUGUUCCAUUCACAAAAAAUGAAGAAAAAAAUUCACUUGAUUGUCGAGUCUGCAAUGUUUCUGUUAAUUCAAUUCAACAGUUACAAACACAUCUCAAUGGCAGUCGACAUAAAAAAAAAGCAACAAAAGGUGGUUGGAAUGAUGACGAGCUUUCACAAGAUGACUCAAGUCUAGUUGCUUCAUCAAACAAUCCACUAAUGCCCAGAACAACAAACAGAAUCAUAACUUUGAAUUGUGAAUUAUGCAACAAAAUGUUCAACUCUGAAGCUCAAUAUGAAGUGCAUACUGUAUCAAGAAGACAUGUACAAAGACUCAAGAAAAAUAACAAUAAAAGUAGGAAAAAAAGAUUCUUCCCGUAUCAAAAAAAAUUGCGAUCAGAUGACAGAAUGAAUAUGUAUAAAAAACCAUCAUUACAUGGUCAUUUUGUUUCUGGUGGAUUUAAUAAUAAUAAUCAUUGUUGAGGUACUACAAGUAUACUUGAUAAAUCAUAAUGCUCAUUAGUACCAAUAAGCUGUAACGCAAUUAAUGUUUUAAUUAUUAAAAAAAAUUAAAUUGAAUAAAAAUUUAUAAGUAUUAUUAUGU